AACUUGCCCGGCGCAUACGAAAACUGAGAUUGGUAGUUCCAUUGUGGAGUGUUUAUAAUCACCUUUCCUGGAAAUAUGGGCGCUCCGCCGAACUCACAAGCAGUCCCUCUACCCAACGACCUCCCUUUCCGCCUCGUAUCCAAGACCAUAGGUUCCGGCGCAUACGCAUCCAUCCGCAAAGCCAUACCACGAAAUGCAUCCGGUCCCAUCAUCGCCAUCAAAUUCAUAAACAAAGAACACGCCUUCCGCGCCGGCCGACUCCGCGAAAAGCAACUUGACCUCGAACUCGCGCUGCACGCCGCAGUCUGCCAACCUCUACACCAAAACAUUAUCCGCUACUUCAGCCAUGGCAAGGACACCGCAUGGGUCUGGAUGGCGAUGGAGCUCGCCGAGGGAGGAGAUCUGUUCGACAAGAUUGAAGCCGACGAAGGCGUGGGAGAGGACAUUGCUCAUUUCUACUUCACACAGCUGGUGAGCGCGAUCAGUUGGUGUCAUGGGAAGGGUGUUGCGCACAGGGAUAUCAAGCCGGAGAAUAUGCUGUUAUCGGGUGGAGGUGAUCUGAAGCUGGCGGACUUUGGACUUGCGACGCAGUUUCUGUCGCCGAAGACUGGGGAAAGGAAGACUUGCGGUAUGGUGUGUGGCAGUCCGCCGUACAUUGCGCCGGAGAUUUUGGCAGUGGGCAACGCGAAUCAGAGCAGGAAACCGGGUGAGGAGAAGGUGGGAUACGAUCCGCAGAUUGCAGACGUGUGGAGUUGUGCGAUUGUGCUGUUUGUGCUAUUGGUGGGAAACACGCCUUGGGAUGCGCCGGUUAUGGAGGAGAGCUACGAGUAUCACGACUACGUGACGAGUAAUGGCCGACCAAGCGAUGAGCUCUGGAGCAAGAUUCCCGGUCCAGCGGUGAGUUUGGUUCGAGCUAUGCUGAACGUGGAGUCCACGGAGCGCUUCACAAUGGAGAGCGUGAGGAAACAUCCAUGGUUCACGAGGGCGAACUCGCACCUCAGUCGUGAAGGCAAAGCCGCAAAUCCUCUCGGACUAGCGACUGAGAUGCUGGAAGGCCUGAAAAUCGACUUCGAUGCUCCCGUGCAAUCUUCUCAACACCAACGCUCGCAGCCCGAGGAUGCAAUGGACAUCGACAGCAACCACCCUGCCACUCAACCAGAAACACCCAUCACCGACUCACCUUUCGACUGGGAGGCACCACCUCGAGCCGCACUCCGAGCUUCCCAACCAGCGAACCACAAUACCUCCCACCAGCAAACUCAAAUAUCACCAGCCCAUAUGUCGGACCUCUUCUCCGACGACCCGUCCCUCUCCCAAUUCUCGCAAAAACCCACAGUACCCAUGACCCUCACCCAAGUCGCCCGCAAAUUCAAAGACAUUGUCCCAUCCCACUCCCUCGCUCGCUUCCUUUCCGUCCUGCCCAUCCCCUCUCUCGUGCCAGUUCUCCUCUCCGCCCUCCACCGCCUCAACAUUCCCGUCGCCACGCCGACCAUGGAAGGCAACGAACCCGUCGCGCUGCGCAUCCGGACGCUGGACUCGAGAGGGCAGGCGCUGCAAGGGUCGAUUAUGGUGGAGAGGAUCCCGGUCCCGGGACAGAGCGGAUUAGAGGUGAGUGAGGUGAGGUUUGUCAAGGCGAAGGGCGAUCCGGUGGGGUGGAGGAGGUUUUUCAAGCAGGUUGCUGUACUAUGUAAGGAUGGGAUUGUGGUUCCCGGGUCUUCGCAGGGAGGGGAGGCGAUGUCGCAGUGAGAGGUGGAGAAUGUGGACGAAGUGGCACGAUGGCGAUAUGAGGGAUGAGCAUGUUAUGAGCUCAUGCGACUUGCGACGUCGGGAGCAAGACGGAAGUACAGCACGGAUCUUGACGACAUGCAUGCUAGCCGACGCCGGCCCGGUCGGAGUAUGAAGGCACAAAGAAGCGGCGUCCACAUAUGACAG